AAAAAAAAAGCCCAACUUUAAAAAACUAACUAAAAAAAAUUUUCUUCUCAAUAUCUUCUCGGACUGGUGGUUAUAUGGUAAAAACUGAUUUCAGUUUGGUAGACUCGCAAUGCGUUUACAGUCAGUCCAGGCACACCCUGUUUCUUCUUUGACUCAUUAGAGCUUCAACCAUGAUAAUAUGUGCUUCAAUCUAUUCAUAUACCGAAGAUUUUCAAUUUUGUGUCAAUCCCAUCUCUCAAACUCGAUCAAUUCCAAGAUCAAGACCUCAGUUCAACAAGGACAUCAUUCACAUGCCUUGCAAUUAUACCUUCAAGAACCCCAUUUUCCUCUCAACGCUACCAGAUUCACCUUCCCUUCUCUUCUCAAAUCCUGCUCUGCCCUUUCAAAUCUUUGUUAUGGAGAGACUAUCCAUGCCACAAUCAUCUCAUUGGGUCUUCAAUUCGAUCCCUACAUAACAACCUCAUUGAUUAACAUGUAUGUGAAAUGUGGGUCUCUGAGCAAUGCAGUCCAAGUGUUUGUCAAUUUGUCUGAGAGUCAAGCUUUGAUUGAAGAUAUCACAGUUUGGAACUCUAUGAUUGAUGGGUAUUUUCGAUAUGGUCAUAUUGGAGAAGCUAUAGCUCUGUUUCGUCGAAUGCAAUUGUUGGGUAUCAAACCUGAUGUGUACUCGCUUAGUAUUGUGCUUGGAUUGUGCAAUGAUUGUUUGGGUUAUGUGGAAGGAAAGCAAAUUCAUGGUUAUGUUGUGAGAAACAUGUUUUGGGAUGACGCUUUUGUGGUGACUGCACUUGUUGCUAUGUACUCGAGUUGUGGUUAUCCAAUGGACGCCUGGUGUGUGUUUCAGAAGUUGGAAGAUAAGAAAAAUGUUGCAGCGUGGAAUGCAAUGAUAGGCGGGUUUUGUGAGAAUGGGAUGUGGGAACAUAGCUUAGAAUUGUAUUCAUUACUUAAGAAUGAGAAUUGCAGCCUUGUCUCUUCCUCGUUUUCUUCUGCGUUGACCGCUUGUUCUCAGGGCAGAGAUGUGGGGUUUGGUAAGCAGCUCCAUUGUGAUGUGUUCAAGUUGGGUUUUCAAAGUGACCCAUAUGUUUGUACUUCUCUCAUCACUAUGUAUGCCAAGUGCACAUCGGUCCAAGAUGCAGAAAAAAUAUUUGAUUGGAUAUCCAGUAAAGAAAUUGAAUUAUGGAAUGCCAUGAUUUCAGCCUAUAUUGGCAAUGGUUGUGCUUAUGAUGCUUUUGAUGUCUAUAAUCAGAUGAGGCUAAUUGCAUUUUCACCUGAUUCAUUCACGGUAUCUAAUCUUCUAGCUGCUUGCAGUGUGAUUGAAUUACACAAUUUUGGUAAGACACUUCACGCGGAACUGAUCAAAAGACCGAUACAACAUAAUAUUGCUGUGCAGAGUGGUCUGUUAACAAUGUACUCAAAAUGUGGGAGUAUGGAGGAUGCCAUUGCAGUCUUUAAUACAAUGAAGGACAAGGAUGUGGUUGCGUGGGGCUCCAUGAUAUCGGGUUUUUGCCAAAAUAUGAAAUUCGAGGAGGCUUUGGAUUUGUUCAAAGCAAUGAGGGCUGACUUGAUGAAACCUGAUUCUGAUAUUAUGGCAAGAGUGAUCAGUGCUUGUACUGGAAUUGAGAAUAUACGAUUGGGUCAGGCGAUUCAUGGAUUUGUCACUAAAUAUGGUUUGGUAUUGGAUGAGUUUGUGGUUAGUUCCCUGAUAGAUAUGUAUUCCAGAUGUGGGUUCCCUGAGAUGUCUGAAAAUGUAUUUUCAGGCGUGCCAUGUAACAAUCUGUUGGCUUGGAAUUCUAUGAUCUCAUGCUAUUGCUGGAAUGGCCUGGCAGAGCGGUCCGUCAAUAUUUUCCCUCAAAUUGUACAGCAUGGCUUAUAUCCAGACCCUGUUUCUAUUACUAGCAUUCUCGUUGCAGUUUCAUCAGCAGCAGUGUUGCUUAAAGGAAAGGCAAUACAUGGAUACCAAACAAGACUCGAGAUUCUGUCCGAUCUUCAAGUAGACAAUGCAUUAAUUGACAUGUACAUCAAGUGUGGAUGCUUAAAAUAUGCAGAGCACAUUUUCCGUAACAUGUCUCGAAGAAACUUAGUAACAUGGAAUUCAAUGAUAUCUGGUUAUGGGUCACACGGAGAGUGCUUAAACGCAAUUGGUUUAUUUGAUGAGAUGAGAAGAUCAGGAAUCAAACCAGAUGAUGUAACAUUCCUCUCCUUGAUUUCAGCCUGCAAUCAUUCUGGUUUGGUAAGUGAAGGUGUAAAUCUAUUUCAAUCCAUGACAGUUGAACACAAAAUUAACCCUAGGACGGAGCAUUAUGUGAAUAUUGUUGACCUCUUGGGCCGUGCUGGAUGCGUAGAAGAUGCCUACAGUUUCAUAGAGAGCAUGCCCAUUGAACCCAAUAGAAAAGUUUGGCUAUCUUUGUUGUCUGCGUGUAGAGCCCAUCGUAAGGUAGAGCUUGGAGAAUUGGCAGCCCACAAUCUAUUGAAGAUGGAACCAAACAGAGGCAGCAAUUAUGUUCAACUUCUAAACUUGUAUGUCGAAGCAGGUUUAUGGGUCAAGGCUGCAAAUUUGAGGGUGUCGAUGAGGCAAGAGGGGUUGAAGAAGAGCCCUGGGUGUAGUUGGAUUGAGGUGACAAACAAGGUCAAUACUUUCUUCUCGGGAGAUUCAUCCUCACCAAGGACAGUUGAGAUCUACAAGACUUUGAGUAGUCUUAGGAGUAACAUGGAAAGUAAAGGAGGUUUUCAUGAAGAUCUUGAGGCAUUCUGAGAUGCCGAGAAAUGAGGGAAACAGUUGCUCUCACAACUACACAAGAAUGUGUCUUAUAUUUGACUCUAAUCGCUAAGGGUUGUCAAUGCAUCUAGCAAAUAAUGAGAUCAUGUUGACAUGGAAGAGGAUAAUGUUCUUAAGGUGCAUUAAGCGAGGAGGCUUUCCAGUAAUAUGGAUGUAAUCAAACAACAAAUUAACACACAAAAAAUGCAUAAAUGGACACUGGAGAGACAACAAGUGCGCAGAAGCACUGCGGCUGAACCCCAAU